CUGGACCAUGGUAAUUGUGUUUGUUUAUUUAUUUUUGGCCACGCCGUGGCUUGCAGGAUCUUAGUUUCCCCCGACCAGGGCUUGAACCCUGGCCCACAGCAGUGAAAGCUCAAGUCCUAACCACCGGACCGCCAGGGAAUUCCCUGUGUUUCAUUUUUUUUUGAGGAAUCUCUAUACUGUUUUAUACAGUGGCUGCACCAUUUUACAUUCCCACCAACAGUGCACAAGGGUUCUAAUUUCUCCAUAUCCUCACCAACACUUGUUACUUGUGGUCUUUUUGAUAAUAGUCAUCCUGACAGGUGUGAGGUGAUACCUUGUGGUUUUGAUUUGCAUUUCCCUGAUGAUUAGUAAUGUUGAGUAUCUUUUUCACAUAUUUAUUGGUAUAUAGUUUAUUUUUAACUCAUUCUUUUUUAUGUCUGUGUUUUAAAAAAUGUAUCCCAGGGACUUCCCUGGUGGUCCAGUGGUUAAGAAUCCUCCUUCCAAUGCAGGGGACACGGGUUCAAUCCCUGGUUGGGGAACUAAGAUCCCACAUGCCGCAGGGAAACUAAGCCCGCGCGCCGCAACUACUGAGCCCGCACACCUCAUCUAAGAUCCCGUGUGCUGCCACUAAGACCCGACACAGCCAAAAAAGAAACAACAGUAUUCCAUAGCACAGUUUGACAUGUUUUAAGUUGAACCACCUUAAAUUGCUGAUAUUUGACUGAGGUGUUUCCACCUGUGGUAUAUAAUUUAGAAAUUCACAUACACAUUUUAGGGGUACGUGACCAGCUGAGGUUGGAGACAGUUGAGCUGGAUUCCAAAGGGCAGGUUGCCUGUAGGGAGAGGUAUCUGACCCACUGUUAUGAUUCAUCCACUCGGCCUGUGUCCUGUGCUGGGGGUUCAGAGAAGGCCAUACAGUGGCAGCCUUCGAACCUGCCAAAGGCACUGCAGGUGGGCCAACUGGCAGGACGCGCGUCUUGUGAGGCUGAGAGGUUUGCCCUGAAUGACUCACUUUCCUCCUGACCCAAUGAAAUUUGUGGAUUGGUCUGGCCAAUGAGUGACACCAGUUAAACCUGGGAAGCAUCCCCACUAGGAAAUCCCCAGCCCAUCCCCCUGGCUGGGGUCAGGGAUUCCUCCCCUAGGCUGUUACUCACCAAUGCUUGCGUCCAACCUCAGAGCGCACAAUACAUUUGAAAAAAUUCAGUGUGAUCCAGGCAGGGUUCCAGGUGCUGGGGGACCCCCACAGAGAACCAGGCAAGUGGGAGGGGGAACAGUAAGUGAACAAGUACAAUAUGUGGUAUCUCAGAUGGCAUCAAUUCUUAUAGAAGAAACCUGGGAAGGGGAUGAGGGUGUAGUUUUAAAUAUAGGCCAAGAAAGGCCUUGGUGGGAGACCUGAGGGAAAGGAAGAAAACUGGAUAGAUAACCUGGAGGAAGAGCUUUCCAGACUGACACAGCAAAUGCCCAGGCUCUGGGGACAGAGAAAAAGCCAGUGUGCGGGAAGGAGGUGAGAAGGGGGUGCUAAUUGAAGGUGUGGGAGAGGGACUGACCUUGUAGCACGACUGUACAUCUCCUUGACCUGAAGGCGCAGACCUGAUUAUACCCCUGCUAACCCUAGGGCCUAGCACGUGAUGAAUGAAUUAAGGAAUGACUGAUCUCUUCUGAAGGAGUCAACGUGUGAAUACACGGAAGGCCAUGAAUUUGGGUCAAAACCUAAAAAAGAGUCUUAGGUUGGAUAGUGGUGCAAGAUGAGAUUGGAAAGGCAGGUGGGACAGAUGUAAGAGGAUCUUGGGGACUGCGUGGGAUUGAGGUUUGAUUUUUUUUUUUGGACAGCAGGAAAUCACUGUAGGUUCUUGAGCAAAGUGCCAUGACAGUGUAAGAGAUUCAGUUUUGGAGAACUUAAUCUGGUAAGAUUUGAAGGAUAAUUUAGAGCAGGGCAUGAAGAUGGAGGUAGGGCAGGUGAGGACUGGGGUAGGGUGUGGGUAGAAAAGGAGAAAUGCAGAGAAGACUGGAAGAUGUAGGUUUGGAGUUGACCACAGAGCAGGUUUAGGACCCGUGGGGAAAAGAAUCGCAGGGGCGAGUACGUGUUCUGUCUGAGUCCUGAGGUGGCCAGUGGAAGAGAGGGGGUGAGGCCUGUAGUGGGGAUGUUGAUGUGGGCCAAUCACCAGAGGGUGCCUGGGGUCCUAUGGGGACUGUAGAAACAGAAACCUCCAAUUGGAUCUUUAGGGGGCUACUUUUUCAAUGCAUGUUCAUUUAAAGUAAUGGGAAUUUUGCUUCAUCUCCCCCUAAAUGAGGGUGACAAUCCUUUAUGCAUUUGAGAAACAAAAAAUUCCCAGACAGCCUGAAUUCAAGAAAAAGUAGCUCAUUCAGAAUGGGAACCCCAAAUAACCUUUUCUAACUCAACUUGCCACCAGUUGAACGACAAACAGGAACAAUGACUUAUCCUUUAAACAUACUUCAAUAUCUGGUUUUCUUUUUGAGGUCUGUUAAAUGAAGCUGGAUGUCACUUGGUGAAAACACCGAGAACCUGGGGAAAGUCCUUUCGAAGCCACAAAUCUUUGUGACAACGGGGGGCUGUCAGAUUCGACAGCUCAAAGCUUGUUCCAUAUGGAUCUGGGGUAGGAGGCAAGAUGGGAGUGCUCAACUCACCACAGCAUAUAAUGCACAUCUGAGGGUCCCGGUGGAACAUGGCAAGAGGCAUGCAUGUGGUGGCCAUGGACUGCGAGAUGGUGGGGCUGGGGCCCUUCAAGGAGAGCGGCUUGGCUCGCUGCAGCCUCGUGGACUACCACGGCACCGUGCUCUACGACAAGUUCAUCCGGCCCGAGGGCGAGAUCACCGACUACAGAACCCCCGUCAGCGGGAUCACGGCUCAGAACAUGGAGGAGGCCACCCCGUUUGCCGUGGCCAGGCUGGAGAUCCUGCAGCUCCUGAAAGGCAAGCUGGUGGUGGGUCAUGACCUGAAGCACGACUUCAAGGCGCUGAAGGAGAACAUGGGCAACUACGCCAUCUACGACACGGUCGCGGACAAGCUUCUUUGGCGCGAGGCUGGCGUGCUGUACUGCCGGCGCGUCUCCCUCCGCCUGCUGAGCCAGCGCCUCCUUGGGCGGCGCAUCCAGGAACUGAUGCUGCUCCCGGGGCCCUAAUUCCUCAGCACUUGCAGCCACAGACAGAGCAGGCCCGCCCAGAGCCCCAGGCAGAAGCCUCUGGAAUUGCCCCCCAGAUAGGAAAGCGGCAGAUAUCCGAUGAGGGGGAUUCCAAAAAGUGAGAGAGGGACCCUGAGCUCAAACCCCCAGGCAAAGCAGUCUCCAGGAGCCGGCAGGCAGGUGUGUGCUGGGGGCUGGGAGCUCACCGGGGUGGAAGGGCCCAGGGAGGCAGGGUGGACACUAGGAGCUGCGGCCACACGUGGGCCCUUCCAGCUCCGCGGAUGUUUAUGAAGCACCUGCUCUGGGCCAGGCUGGACCAGAGGCUGAGCACCCGGGUGAGCAAGGCCUGGCCCAUCCUUGGGAAACUCGUGAUUGAACGGAGGGUGGCCCGAGACCUGAGCAUCAGCACAUCUGUGGGGUGUGUCCACAGAGGGGAGGGCAGGUGUCCUGGAGCAGGGACGGAGGACGGGGGGCAGGCAGGACACCAGGUCUGAGUGGAGUGUGACGGGGCCGUCUUAGUGGAGGAGGCAAGAGAGGGGGCGCCGGGGAGGGGAGAGCCCGAGCCCCAGCCUGAGGAGUUGGGGGUGGCUUGGCUGGGGAGCAGGAAUGUGUAGGAGACCGGGGAUGGGCCUGAGGUUGGGCCCCUCUGUUGGGCUUGUGGCACCAGGGACCGAGGACAGAGUGUCAGCACGUGGAUUCACUGAAGAGCCCUGUUCUCCACGUGCUGAGCAAGGAGCCCCUUAGAGACAUCUGUGUCCACAUUCCUCGGUGCCCUGGGGCUCCCUGUGAGAAAUGCUUCAGCCCCUCUGGGUCUGAGGCCAAGUCUGCAGUGCCCGGCCCACACCCAGCGGAUCGUAAGCACCUGGAGGGCACGGCCUGGCCCUCAGGAUGCUGGAUUCUGUGCCUGGCCAUGCCUGGGUCUAGUGCUAAUGGGUGAAGCCAGGCCUGCUCCAGCCCCCUGCUGAGUCCAGGGUGUCAGAGGCCUGGGAAGACUCACCCACUGACCCACUUGAGCCCUGUAAGUCAGGGUGCGAGCAGGGAAGGCCCAGGUCACAUGGGCGCCUGGAUUCAGCCGCACCCCAAGUCCCCA